AUCGUUGUGACUAUGUGUUUGUUAAUGGGAAGGAGACGAGGGGGAGGAUGAGGAUGGUGCUCAACUUCACCUACAGCUACCUGAGUGCCCAACUGGAGAUGAGUGUGUGGAUGCCCCGCCUCCCACUGCUUAUCGACGUGGCCGACCCCGAACUCAGCCAGAUCAAGGGCUGGAGGGUCCCCGUGGCUGCCGGCAACAGGAGGCGAGUAGUUUUACCAGACAGUGAGAUGUGUUACCUAUUUCAAACUGCUUGGGAGAUUGACUUUCACAGUAAUUGCAGUGCAGAGUAAAAUACUGACGUUCAAGAAUCAUCUUCAAGCAUCUUGUUAAUUUUGAUGGUUGUACCACCACCUCCCACAUAUUUAAAACUUAUUUUUUAAGUAGUCUUGUACCAGUCUGCCCACAUAUAGGUAUCUUCAUCUGGAGGUUUAGAAUAACUGUGAUGAUGCUAAUGUCUUAAUCAUGGAGCCUACACCUGUCUGUCCCCCAUCACGCCCCCUCUCUGGCCACCGCUGUGUUCAGGAUACCCAGGUGACGCCGGUGACUCAGAUGGUCUCUCUGAGGGGAGAAAACGUGACUUUCAAUUACUGCCAUGACUCUGUCUCUCAUUUCUGUCGCUGACUCACUUUCUGUCAGCCAGACGCAAGACUAACAUAUCUGUUCUCACCUCCACAACAUUCUGGCAAUGUCCUUACACAGGCAGUCUUGUUCCUGUUUGUUGUGAAAGCGAGAUUGAUUGGUGGCAAAAGCAUGUCUGAACAAGGAAGACAGAGAGAGAAGAAUAGAGUUGGAGUCUGUCUUUCAUUUUCGCUCAUUGUUAUAGAACGGGCAAUUACAUUCGGGCAAUUAAGCUUGAGUUAUUUAGCUUGAGGCAUAUGUUCUAUAGAUUGUUCAGUAGUCUUGCACAAUGCAUGCUAAAAUCCACUUCAAAGUACAACAUAUCACCAAUGCACUGUGCAAACCCUUUAACCUGGGGCCACCAGGUGGCGCUCUAACACAUAUGCCCCUGCUGUCAUGGCCCUCUCUGAGCCCCUGAUCUCUCUAGUCCAGUGGGUAGGAGAGGUGAGAAGGCCAGUCGAGUCGUGAGUCUGAAAGCGAGCUCAUUAUAGGCCCAGACCUUAUCUGACUUGCCUGCUUUUGUCUGCUCCCUGCUGCAAAUGUCACCUCGAUUAGGCUGUCGUGUGUGUGUCAUCCCACCGGUGAAGAGGUGGUGGGGGGAGGAAUGGGGGGCCCGGGCACCAAAGCCAGUCAGCUCCAGCAUGUUGACCUGUCAGCCUGUUUUUCUGCCUGGAUGGUCAUGCAUCAUUAAACCUAAUGGAAAUUGUUAGUGUCGGGGUGGGGGGGUGGGGUGGGCGAGAGAGAGAGAGAGAGAGAGAGAGAGGAGAGAGAGAGAGAGAGAGAGAGAGAGAGAGAGAGAGAGAGAGAGGAGAGAGAGAGAGAGAGAGAGAGAGAGAGAGAGAGAGAGAGAGGGAGAGAGAGGAGAGAGGAGAGAGAGAGAGAGAGAGAGAGAGAGAGAGAGAGAGAGAGAGAGAGAGAGAGAGAGGGAAGGUGUUUUUAAAAAAAUAUUCAGUGGAGAAAGAACAAGAGAGACUGAGUGGAGAGAGAGAAAGAAAGAGAUUUGAAUGAGAAAACAUGUAAGGUAGAGAGAACGAGAGGUAGAGAGUUGGAGGGAAUGGAGAGUGGAGUGGUGUCAGGGUAAUGGCUGUAGCCCCUGUGUUCACAGUGCUCCACUGUUUACAGGAGGUUAGAGUCGUUGGGCCACGCUCUGUCUGUCACUGGGCUGAACAGAGAUGCCUCUCCCUGGUCUGUACUUUACCUCAUCAGCCCUACUGCUGCUGUAUGGGGUUCAUCACAGUAGAUGAAGAAGACUCAACCUGGUCUCAGAGCAUUUCGUAUUAUUCUGUAUGUAACUCCGAGACACUCCAUUUAGUAUGAUAUUUACAUUUUACAUUUUAGUCAUUCAGCAGACGCUCUUAUCCAGAGCGACUUACAGUUAGAUGUUACGUUUGGUAUUGUUACAUAAGACAGAUGUUUACUUAAGGCAAAAAAACGAUCUCAUCACAGACAACUUUAGCAUUUUAGCUAAUUACCAACUUUUCAACUACUUACUACUUUUUAGCUACUUUGCAACUACUUAGAACGUUAGCUAACCCUUCCCCUAGCCUUAACCCCUUUAGCUAACCCUUUACCUAACUCUAAAUGUAACCCUUUUAACUAACCCUUCCCCUAACCUUAACCCUUUAACCUAACUCCUAAACUUAACCCUGACCUUAACCCUAACCCCUAACCCCUAGCCUAGCUAAUCAACGUAAUCCCCAAAAGUAGUUAUUUUUCAUCAGAGGGCAAUAAACAGUAACUAGUAAUGCUGCAUACUCAAAGAAAGGUUAAAAUCUCACCUUUCUGGUAAAAAUAGUUAUAAAUUGCUGAGGUGUGUAGUCACUUUUGAGGACACAAGCUCAAGUACACAGUACAAACAUGAUAAAAAUAUGAAAAUAUGAAAUAUUUUAUAUGAUGUAUUUCCUAUUCAACAAAACUGUAUGAAUAAGGCUUGACAUGAUUUAUAUGCUUUCUGAAUAUAGCAUAAUGAAAUUAUAAAAUGAUUAACUAUAAGAUUUCACCUUCCUUUUAACUGUAAAAUCCAUAUUUGGAUAAUCAGUGUUAGAGACAUUUUGCAUAUGUUCUAAACGUCUCUUGGUCAAAAUGUCUAACCCCAUCGCUGUGAAUAUCUCACAGAGCUCUAGCUUGGCUUCCUGAUCCUGUUAGGAACUCACCCUUCAUCUCAUAUUCAUCUUGUCAAACAGAAAGUGUUAUUUUGUUUAAAAUCUAUGAAUUAUUUUAGAUUAAUGGCUAUAAAUGUUAGCCAACUAGCCACCUACCUAGAAUUCGUAACAUAUGUUUAGCAAAUUUGUAACAUAUUAUACAUUUGCAAAUUCGUAACAUAUAAUACAAAUUCUAAUUCAUAACAUAUCCUACGAAAGAUAUCAUACAAAUUAAUACAUACCAUAUGAAAAUGAAUAUAUCAUACUAAAUGGAGUGUCUCAGAUUUACGUACAGAAUAAUACGAAAUGCUCUGAGACCAGGUUGGAAGACUGUGUCCCUACAGACCAGGGUUUCAAUCCCUCUUUCAAUUCAAACAAUGGAAAAGAAUGAAGGAGAAGAUAGAGACAGAGAAGUAAGUGUAAUGGUGGAAUAGAAUAGAGUAGAGAACAUUUUCUAAAGAACAGUUUCAGAACUUUUUCUAAAGACUUUCUCAAAAGUCACCUUGCAAGUAAACAUAUUUUUCCUCUGAAAUUUGGUUGCAUUGUGAUUAUUUGAUAUUUUGCUUCGGAGUAAACAAAUACCCACAUCCAAAUGUGUCUGUGAUAACUGCAGUAAACUGUUGAUUUGAUUUUAAUUUUCCUACUUUAAUGCUCCUUUUAUGCUUCUUACCAAGCGUUUUUAUUUUUAUUUUCUCCAGGAAUGAGAGGGUGAGUGAGGAUGAUGGUGAUAAAGUGGACAGUGAGAGGACAGAGAGUGGCUGUGUCCCUCAGUACCAGAGAACCACGGUGCGGGUCUUCACACACUUUGUGGCCCUGGGAGCUGAUGGGCUGGGCCAACAGGACUUCCUGCUGGGCAGUGAUUGGCAGGUGGACGUGACUGACCUGGUCCAGGAUUCGCUGAGGGUGGAGGACCAACGUGUGGCCCGCCUACUGAAGGGACAGGUCCUGAUGGGCCUCAGCACCGGCACAGCCAAACUACAGGUAAGAGAGAGGGGGAGAGCGAGAGGGAGGGAGGGAGGGAGGGAGGGAGGGAGGGAGGAGGAAAGAGUAAUAAUGAGAGUAUUAGUGUGUGAUAGAGAGAGAGCAAAGGGGAGAAAGAAACAACAUGAUUAAGAGAGCUUGAAAGAAAGAAAGAGAGCACCUGCUUGGACAAAAUAUUAGAGGAUGGGGAAUGGAGGAGGAACAAUUGGAAAAUACAAAGUAAACGGAGGCUCGUUGAGAGGGAGACUUUAAAAAGGCAACAGAAUCGAUCUUGGCACAACACAAACACUUAGCCAAUCAGGGCCUGACAAAACAACGUGAGCCUGAAGCACAGCCAAUAAAGGCUGCUGAGUCUCUGAGGGCAUGUAGGCUCACACACCCCACUCACAUACCCCCAUCCCAAUUAGAUCAUUACUGUGCCCACUUACGGUGUAAAACACAAUCGAUCAAGCUUUUUCCCAACAACACAACACAACAGCUUUGCCAAGGCCUGAGCCAUGGACCUGCAUCUCUUCUCCUUAUUGAUGAGUUGCAGUUGUGUGUGUCGAUGUACAAUACCCUAUUACCUUUAUGUGCCCCGGUUGUCAGUUGAGAACCAUUUCUCAUUUCCAAUGGCGACCUUGGCCCAGAGGCAGAAACAAACAGCAGGGAAAUUGAUGGAAAUCAUGUCAAUGGUUGCACUGUGUUGUCCCUCUAUUUGUUUGCGUCCUUUUGGAUGGUUUGAGAAUGUCUAUGACUCAAUAAGAGUGGCGAGGCACUUUAUGAAUGUCAAAGGCAACCUUGAUAACCCUGUAAUCAUUCACUCUGCUACAAAGCCAUCAUGUCACUGUCCCUCCCCUCCUCUGCUAUUAUAGGGGGCUUAUUACACACACACACACACACACACACACACACACACACACACACACACACACACACACACACACACACACACACACACACACACACACACACACACACACACACACACACACACACACACACACAAACACUCAAAGUAAAACAAAUCUAUAGUUUUGAAGCAUCCUUCUGAUGCUGAUCACUCACAUGCAAAGAAACACACAAACGCACAAAACAGAACACACUAUACUUCUCUCUCUCUUUCUCUCUCUCUCUCUUCAUUUCUUUUUUCCUCUCCCCCCUGAAGCGCACACACACACUGGCACUCAGAGAACCCCAAAUGCAGCAACCUCAAAGGAGUAUUGACAGUGCUGUUAGAGAGCCUUUGAAGUUUUAUUUGAUAGCAAAAUUGCCUCUCGCUUCACUGGAGUGAUUGUAGAUCCAGCUACAAACAAGAGGGUCCUCAAUUGUCUAGAAUUAAAAUCCAAUAAAAAGAAGAGCAAAUCACUGCAAUCGGCAAGGAGGGUCUUGUAAUCAAACUAUCAAAAGGAAUUCUGCUGUAAAGGGAGUAGAUAGCCCUGGGUCUCCACGGUUACCAAAAAUAAAACCCAUUUCAUGUGUCAGAUGCAUCUCUCCCUGCCCCGUUGUUUUAGCUGCCACUAAAUUGAUAAAUCACUCUACCUCAUAAAACCGGUUAUUAGCUUUAUAAGGUACAAUCACUGCUUUUCCCAAGCCCUAACACUUGCAUUAGUAACUAAGGCAGGACAAAGCUUACUGAAAGCUUCAAAUGCAGCUUUGAAUAGUUCAAUGUUUUGCCAAUGUCUCUACAAUGUCACCAACAGAUGUAAUAAAAUAAGGCCCUCUUUACUUUUAUAAGUUACUUUUAUUUAUUCAUUAUUUUAUUUCACUUCAUUAUAGAGUAGAUUAAAGGACAUUGAAUGAAAAUGUGGUGGUAGGUGUGCUGCUGGAUUUUAGGAUAAAGCUUUGGCUUAAUCUGACCAGUGACACAAUGUACCCUCUUAGAUAAUAAAAUAGUCCUAAAUAGACCUAAAAGCAUCAAGGUAACAACAAGGUACCUACCUCUACCUAUAUGCUCAUGAUAGCACAUGAGGGGGGGGGGUCAUAUCACUUCAAACCACAGGCUGCAAAUGUGACACCCCAUCUCCUUUCAGUUGUUCCAAAAUUUUAACUGGUGUUUCUGACAUUUGAUAAAAGUACAGACUCAGAGCUUCAAAACUGUAUGUUCUACACUGCAAUUGGAGGAAAAAUGGCAAAGUAAUGCUGCUUUGAACGUUUAUAAACUUGUAACUCCACUUGAAAAGAGAAAUGGCCCUUGAAAAGUUUUGGUUCAGUUUUUACACUUUGUCAAGGCUGAGGUGUAUGUGGUGUGGGAGUCAGGCACAGGACACCGAAGCUUAGUCCAACAAUGUUUACUGUGAAACCGAUAGGCAAAGAUACAGUAAACGGCCUCAACACUAAACAGAGGCGAGCAAUACGCAAACUAUGCGUAAAACAAUAAACAAUGAAACAAUUACAAAAAACACGCAGCACAACGGACAGGCGAAACAACACACAACCUAACCAAUACUUUCACAGGCAACUUAUAGAACACGUAAUCAUACACAAACGGACACAGGUGUGACAGACAGACAAAAGCAAUCACACAUAGAAACAUUCAACGGUGGUAGCUAGUACUCCGGGGACGACGAACGCCGAAGCCUGCCCGAACUAGGAGGAGGAGCAGCCUCGGCAGAAUCCGUGACACACUUCUUUGUUCACACCCUCUUAAGCCUUAGCUCCACCCAUCUCUUUUAAGGAUUCACGUGAGGCCAUGUCUUAAACAUAGUGUCUAAGGUAGUGUAGUAACCAACCCAAGAGUUCAAGACUAAAAGUGGUAAAAGUAGUAGCCUACAAUAAGGAAAAACUCCAGGUAAAGAUCAACUUUAUAAAAAAUAUAAGAUCACUAAAAGUAGUGGCAAUUUUUUGGUGGUAAAUGAAAUAAUCAAAAUAUGUGUUCUUUAUGCUUUACAUACCAAGUGUUGUCAUCAGUUCGUUGUAGAGAUGCCACACCACUGCUUUGUCACAUGGCAGCAGCCUUCCACCAAAGUUUUUGUGUCCUGGGUGGCGUCCUGGUAAUACUAUUGCAUUAUCCUCUGCAUAGUUGUUGAUGAAGUUCACAACUCGCUGCAAGUCCUCAUGCUUCAGUUGUAACCUGUGCUUGCUUGGGCCAGCUCUCUUUUUGAUGGGAGGCAUUAGACCAUUCUCCUUGUAUGACUGGUGGAGGAGAGUCAGCAUGCUCUAGUUUUGUCUUAUCUUGAUAAGUGACCAGUCGUGUGGUCGAGUGCUGCAAGGAAACACUUAGUUAAACUGCAGCUGGCCCAGAACAGAAUGGCACGUCUUGCUCUUCAUUGUAAUCAGAGGGCUAAUAUAAAUACUAUGCAUGCCAGUCUCUCUUGGCUAAGAGUUGUGGAGAGAUUGACUGCAUCACUUCUUAUUUUUUAUAAGAAACAUUAAUGUGUUGAACAUUCCAAAUUGUUUGCAUAGUCAACUUACACACAGCUCUGACACACACAAUUACCCCACCAGACUUGCCACCAGGGGUCUUUUCACAGUCCCCAAAUCCAGAACAAAUUCAAGAAAGCAUAUAGAAUUAUAUAGUCAUUAUUGCAUGGAACUCCAUUCCAUCUCAUAUUGCUCAAAUGAACAGCAAACCUGGUUUCAAACAACAGAUAAAGCAACACCUCACGGCACAACGCAGCUCCCCUAUUUGACCUAGAUAGUUUGUGUGUAUGUAUUGAUAUGUAGGCUACGUGUGCCUUUUUAAAAUUGAUGUAGUUCUGUCCUUGAGCUGUUCUUGUCUAUUAAUGUUCUGUAUGAUGUAAUGUUUCAUGUUUUGUGUGGACCCCAGGAAGAGUAGCUGCUGCUUUCCUAAUAAAAUACCAAAAUGCUGAAAGACAAAUUCCAGAUAAAAAUAUUUAAUCAUUAUUAGACGAGGCUUACCCAGACACAAUUGCCUCAAUUGAUGGGUCAUGUGAAAGAGAGGCUAUAACCACUCCUCAAUCACAUCUAUCUAAGUGUAUGGGUCUCUAUUGCCUAGAACCUGUUCACAUGUUCAUGAAAUACAAUAGAUGGCCAUAAUCACCCCCAGACACGCCUGGCCAAGUUGAUGGGUCAUGUAAUCAUCUGGCGAAGUGGAGUCUUUUGUUUAAACAUGUAAACUAGCUAGCAGCUAAACAAUGAACCAUAAUCCCAACCCAUACAGUAGAAAUACAACCCAUACAACGGAAUAUCAUAGCUAGCCACCAUGCAUGAAAUGAUGUAGUAUGAAUAUGCAGGAAGCUAACCAACUAGAUUCAAUGUUAGCUAGUUAGCUAUGCAAAUGUUUUUCUGAGAUAUGAAUAAUAUUACUACACAGAUCAUGCACGUAGCUAGCGAGCCAGCCAGCUAAUGUUAGCUAGCUAGCUAGCUAGCUCAAGUUUUUUAUGUCACAUGCACAAGUACAGUGAAAUGCCUUUCUUGCAAACUCAAAACCCAACAAUGCAAUAAUCAAUAACAAUGUAAUACUAGAACAAAAACCACAAGAAAUAAGAAGAAAUAUGAAGAACACAAUAAGUAAGUAAGUAAGCACACUAUAUACAGGGUCAGUUCCAAUACCAUAUUUACAAUGUGCAGGGAUACAAGAGUGAUGAAGGUAGAUAUGUAUAGGGGUAAGGUGACUAGGCAACAGGAUGUAAGAUAAACAGAGUAGCAGCAGCUUGUAUGUGAGUGAGUGUGGGUGUGUGUAGAGUCAGUUUAAAUGUACGUGCAUAUUAUGUGUGAGUGAGAAGGUGAUGGAGUGAGUGUGUGUGUCAGUGUGUAAGGACCUGCAAGUGUGCAUAGAGACAGUGAAAAAAUAAAAAUAAAUGGUCAAUGAAGAUCAAAGGUUAACUCAGAUAGUCUGUGUAGUCAUCUUGUUAGCUAUUUAUCAAUCAUAUUGCUUGGGGAUAGAAGCUGUUCAAGAGCCUGUUGGUGCCAGACUUAAUGCACCGGUACCGCUUGCAGUGCAGAGCAGAGAGAAUAGUCUAUGGCUUGGGUGGUUGGAGUCUUUAAAGAUUUUCCGGGCCUUCCUAUCACACCACCUGUCAUGUUUGUUUACAGACGGGUCAGACCAAGGCGCAGCGUGAUAUACGUACAAGUUUAUUUACAUGAAUAAACAACCGACAAAACAACAAACCAACGAAACGUGAAGUCCAAGGCAGCACAACACAACAUACCUUAACCGGAACAAGAUCCCACAACUUGACAGUGCCAAUAGCCUGCCUAAGUAUGGUCCCCAAUCAGAGACAACGAGCGACAGCUGCCUCUGAUUGGGGAACCACACCGGCCAACAUAGAUCUAUACAUACUAGAUAGAAAACAUAGAACUACACAACAUAGAAUAUACACACCCUGACUCAACAAAUAAGCGUCCCCUGAGUCAGGGCGUGACAGUACCCCCCCCAAAGGUGCGGACUCCGACCGCACAACCUUUACUUAACAGGGUAGGGGCCGGGUGGGCAUUCCGCCUCGGAGGCGGAUCCGGCUCCGGGCGUGACAACCACCUAUUCUCCGCCUCCCUGUUGCGCCCCUGGUCUGGUCUGGACCUCGGCGCGCUGCUUCCCCUCUCCUUCCUCCCACUAUACUCCAAGCCCUGUCUGGACCCUGGUGUGGGAGACCCCGAACCUGGAGAGGGGCUGACGUCUGGGUCCGGACUGGAGCCGCUGACCGGAGCUGGACUGGGCACUGGUGGAGCGGACUGCUCUGGCUCCGGAGUGGAGCCGCUGACCGGAUCUGGACUAGACCCCGGUGGAGCGGACUGCUCUGGCUCCGGAGUGGAGCCACUGACCGGAGCUGGAUCAGGCACUGGUGGAGCGGAAUGCUCUGGCUCCGGAGUGGAGCCGCUGUCCGGAUCUGGACUAGACCCCAGUGGAGCGGACUGCUCUGGCUCCGGAGUGGAGCCGCUGACCGGAGCUGGAUCAGGCACCGGUGGAGCGGACUGCUCUGGCUCCGGAGUGGAGCCGCUGACCGGAGCUGGACUGGACCCCAGUAGAGUGGACUGCUCUGGCUCCGGAGUGGAGCAGCUGACCGGAGCUGGAUCAGGCACCGGUGGAGCGGACUGUUCUGGCUCCGGACUAGAGCAGCUGACCGGAGCUGGAUCAGGCACCGGUGGAGCGGGAACAGGCCGGACUGGCGACGCGCACCACUGGCUUGGUGCGAGGAGCAGGAACAGGCCGGGCUGGCGACGCGCACCACUGGCUUGGUGCGAGGAGCAGGAACAGGCUGGGCCGGGCUGGGAACACGCACCACUGGCUUGGUGCGAGGAGCGGGAACAGGCCGGGAUGGACUGGAGACGCGCACCACUGGCUUGGUGCGAGGAGCAGGAACAGGCCGGGCCGGGCUGGAGACGCGCACCACUGGCUUGGUGCGAGGAGCAGGAACAGGCCGGGCCGGGCUGGCGACACGCACCACUGGCUUGGUGCGAGGAGCAGGAACAGGCCGGGCCGGACUUGUCUGGAGGUCUAGAGCGGAGAGCUGGCACAACCCGUCCUGGCUGGCUGCCCACUUUCGCACUACACGUGCGGGGUGCUGGCUCAGGACGCACUGGGCUGUGCACGCGCACUGGCGAUACAGUUCGUAGAACUGGCGCAGGAUAUGCGGGACCGAGGAGGCGUACUGGAGACCAGGAGCGUUGAGCCGGCACACCCCGUCCUGGCUGGAUGCCCAUCUUCGCACAGGACACGGAGCUUGCCCAGUCAUACGCCUCUUCGCGUGAGUACGGGGAGUUGGCUCUGCUCUAACCCUAGGCUCCGCCAACCACUCCGUGUGCCCCCCCCACAUUUUUUUUAUUGGGGCUGCUUCUCAGGCUUCCUCCUCGACCGGCCUCCUCCGUGUUGCCAUUGCUUCUCUCCUGCCCGGGUAUCUACCUUAGCCCAUGGUCCUUUCCCCGCGAAUAUCUCCUCCCAUGACCACAAAUUGGCCACCUGUGACAUAGCCAUCCGCGCCGCCUGGACACGCUGCUUGGUCCUCGUUUGGUGGGAUCUUCUGUCACGUUAGUUUACAGACGGGUCAGACCAAGGCGCAGCAUGAUAUACGUACAUGUUUAUUUAAAUGAAUAAACAACCGACAAAACAACAAACGAACGAAACGUGAAGUCCAAGGCAGCACAACACAACAUACCUUAACCGGAACAAGAUCCCACAACUUGACAGUGCCAAUAGGCUGCCUAAGUAUGGUCCCCAAUCAGAGACAACGAGUGACAGCUGCCUCUGAUUGGGAACCACACCGGCCAACAUAGAUCUAUACAUACUAGAUAGAAAACAUAGAACUACACAACAUAGAAUAUACACACCCUGACUCAACAAAUAAGCGUCCCCUGAGUCAGGGCGUGACACCACCUUAUAUAGAUGUCCUGGACGGCAGGGAACUCGGCCCCAGUGAUGCACUGGGCUGUCCGCACCACCCUCUGUAGCACUUUGCGAUCGAGGGCGGUGCUAUUGCCAUACCAGGCAGUGAUGCAGCCAGUCAAAAUGCUCUAAAUGGUACAGAUGUAAACUUUUUGAGGAUUUGAGGGCCCAUGCCAAACUUUUUCAACCUCCUGAGGGGGGAAGAGACGACUGAGAGCGUGUGUUUGGACCAUUUUAAGUCUUUAGUGAUGUGGACACAGAGGAACUUGACGGUUGACCUGCUCCACUACAGUCCCGUCGACGUGGAUGGGGGCGUGCUCGCCCCCCUGUUUCCUGUAGUCCACGAUCAGCUCCUUGGUUUUACUGAUGUGGAAGGAGAGGUUUUUGUUCUGGUACCACACUGCCAGGUCACUGACCUCCUCCCUGUAGGCUGACUCAUCGUCGUCGGUGAUCAGGCCUACCAUCAUCGCGUGGUCAGCAAACUUGAUGAUGGUGUUGGAGUCCUGCGUGGCCACGCAGUCGUGGGUGAACAGGGAGUACAGGAGGGGACUAAGCACACACCCCUAUGGGGCCCAUGUGUUGAGGGUCAAUCUGGCGGAGGUGAUGUUGCCUACCCUCACCACCUGGGGUCGGCCCGUCAGGAAGUCCAGGAUCCAGUUGCAGAGGGAGGUGUUCAGACCAAGAGUCCUAAGCUUGGUGAUGAGCUUGGAGGGGACAAUGAUGUUGAACACUGAGCUGUAGUCAAUGAACAGCAUUCUCACAUAGGUAUUCCUUUUAUCUAGGUGGGUGAGGGCAGUGUGGAGAGCAAUUGAGAUUGCGUCAUCAAUGGAUCUGUUGGGGCGGUAUGCAAAUUGGAGUGGCCCUGUGUAGCUCAGUUGGUAGAGCAUGGUGCUUGCAACACCAGGGUUGUGGGUUCGAUCCCCACGGGGGGCCAGUAUGAAAAUGUAUGCACUCACUAACUGUAAGUCGCUCUGGAUAAGAGCGUCAGCUAAAUGACAAAAAAUGUAUCAAAUGUAAAUGUCUAGGGUGUCUGGGACAGUGGAGUUAAUGUGUGCCAUAACCAGCCUCUCAAAGCACUUCAUGAUUUCGGAAGUGAGUGCUACAGGGCGGUAGUCAUUGUGGCAUGAAGCCUUAGAGUAGCUAGCUAACAGUAUGCUUUAACUUGCAAUGAAAAUUACUUUUUGACAAAAGUAGAAACGCAUAAUAUCUGUAGCUAGACUCUACUUUUAUACCACUGCCUUCUGUGUUCUCUUUUCGACUCCCUCCACAUUUGCAAUCAAACAUCAAAAUGUUCUCCAUCUCCUUCUCAUACUCCUUUUCCAGCGGGUAUUCCACUGAUUUCACUUCUUCCAUGACAACGCUGUUCAUCUCUGUUUGUUUCCCAUCACUGUCAUCAGAAGACUUUACAAUGUCUGGUUCAAUUCAAAUGUUUUUACUUCAGUAAGGGAUUUCCUCAUCGUCCGAUUUGUUUUCAGAGUCAAAGAGAUUCAGCAUGGCACGAUCGUCCUCCAGAAAGUACUCCAUCACAACUUUUUCCCACUGAGCUUCAUCGAUAGCGCCUGCUAAAUUCAUGGCAGCAAUGUUGUUGAGAGCAGUAGCAACACUUUUACAGUUUUCCAAUCUUUGUUUUUUUAAACGCGGUCACAAGGAUUAUCUGAGCUGCUCAUGUUUUAGACAGAUUGGUCUGCAACAUGGCAGACCAAUCAGAACUCAUCUCUCGUCAUGUCCAACCCAUCCAUUAUCUCAGCCAAUCAUCGCUAGUGGGAAGGUUCCUGUCUUUUUUUCAUAUUUAAAGAUGACAUACGUGUUUGUUAUUAAGGCACAUGACAGUUCACAUGUUCAAGAAGGCAUUACUGAAGAAACCAAAACAUUUUUGGGAUGAAAAAACAUUUUUUACAUUCAAAUGAUUCUCCUGUGAAGUAGUGACGUCCGUCAUACGCCCAUCUUUCUGAAACGGGUCACAAAUGACCCCUGGGCCUUAUAUGUUCGACCUUUGACCCAGCCCUACAGGUGCCACAGUACACAUAUAUACACAGCUGGCCUUGUGUGUUCCCAGUGUGUUUAGCUGUGUUGUUAGCAUGCAGCCAGUAGCGUGCAGCUUUAACAGUAUGGUGCUGUGGAGGAGGAGUGUGUUGGCCAUGGUCCUUUUCAGAUGAGGCAGUGAUCAGUGCUGACAGUUCAUUAUGGCAGCGUGGAAGGAGUGGAGGUGUGGGUCUGUGUGUGGACGGGUGGUGGAGAGGAGGAGGGUGUAGAGGAGACUCAGGCCUAAUGAGUGUGGAUGGAAGUACUUCCCUUCUCAUCACACAUCACUCACAUUUACAUGCUUACAUCUCCAGUAGCCCUCGGAGCCAGGGAACUGCCAGUCAGAGAGACGCAGGCAGAGUGUGUGUGUGUCUGAGUGUUUCUGAGUGUGUGGCUGGUGAUCGCAGAUGCACAGUACAUGCAUCAUCUUGUCUUGAUUCAUAUAAGCACAGUACAUUAUGAAAGAGCUUGGGUCAUGAUGUUCCUCCAUCUUUAUGUUCUUUCUUCAGUGUUAAUAUAAGCUUGUCAUGUUGACAUCUUUGCUCUUCCCUCCGUCUAUUAUUGAUGGUGUUGGCUUCAGUGUGAAUGCUUGUACAGGUGAUGUGACAUUAUAUAUUUGAAGUUGAACCAAUACAAGUGUGUGUGUGUGUGUGUUUGUCUGUGUUUAUACUAAUGUGUGUGUAUAAUGUUGCAGGUGAUGUCUCCUCUGUCUGACUCAAUCCUGGCUGAGCGGAUGGUCAGGGUUCUGGAAGACAAAGUGAGUGUGACAGAGCUGGGAGUGCAGCUGGUCUCUGGCCUCUCUCUGUCCCUCCAGCUCAGCCCAGGGAGCAACAGGGCCAUCAUCGCCACGACUACCACACAGGAAGUAAUGCAGAAACUCAAACAGGUAACCAUACACACAUGCCUGAGCAACCGACUGCACCAAAUAUACAGUAUCAUAUGUUCACCAAUAGAUAGAAAUGGUAUAUGGGAAUUUUCAAAAUGUGUAUAUGAGAUAUGUGAGCGAUCUGUAAGGCUAAAGGUAAACUGUAACUUUCUCACCCGGAAUAGGUGGAGUUAAAUUGGCUGCCAUUUUAUCCUUUAUAGUGAAUAUGAUCAGAUUCUGAUAUCAAAGUAUUGAUCUAAUCUCAAUGAACAUGUCUGCUUCUGAAAUGUACAUAUUUUCAGAGGAACAGCUGCAGAGACCUCCUGCUCAGCUGAAAUUCUCCUGUGCUUUUAAAUCUGGCUAAUUAAAACAUCUCUGUACAUCUGUAGGGGUUCUCUCUCUCUCAUUACUUCUACACUCACUCUUUCUUUCUUUUUCUCUCUUGAUAAAGAUGAAAAGAUGAGAUUCCUGCUGAUACCGGUUGCUUGUGUCUAGUAACAGUAACAGUUUACAUUGACAGGGAAGCAUUAUUUCCUUUUAUGCUGCAGUGUGUCCCAAGGGGAGUUGGUGUUAUAGAGUAGACAUGUGGGUAGAGAUUGGUUUUGUUGAAGCGCUACUCAGACAGCGUUGUUUAGUUUACCCUUUUGAUGGAAAAACAAGACUGGUGACGCACUGAUGUCUGUGUGUGUGCGUGCAUGCUUGUGUGUGUGUGUUUGUUUGUAUGUAUGUGUCCUCAGGAGUCCCUUAUUAGUGCCUGGCUUCAGUUCAGUGACGGCUCCAUGACCCCUCUGGACCACUAUGACCCCGCCCACUUUGUGCUCACAGCCACCUCAUUGGACGAGCAGGUGGUGUCAGUACAGCGCAGCGCGGAGUGGAAGUGGCCGGUCAUCGUGGCGAAGGGCGAAGGUCAAGGGUUACUGGUGCGCGUAGAGAUGACAUCAUCAGAGAGCUGCCAUAAGACGAAGCGACGCAUCAUCCUGGCAGCUGGGGUAGGAAACGUCCGUGUUAGGUUUGGCAGCUCUGAGGAUCCGUACAGCCGCCCCGGAGGCAGAACCCGACCAGACCUGCCCUACUAUGGAGGCUCCAUCUCUGACAUUGAGGCUGGAAUCAUGAAUCGGGGCGCUACCACGGUUAAGGCCCCCAUCCCGGUGCGGCCCAACGGGGACAGGCUGUCGGCCGACGGAGGAGUCCCUGGAGAGUUCUCUGAGUUCCCUGCCCAGGCGGAGCUGCCACGGGGCCGCAGCACAGAGGAGGACCUGCUGUCGUCCCGCCGUGGCCUUACAGACCUGGAGAUCGGUAUGUACGCCCUGCUGGGGGUCUUCUGCUUGGCCAUCCUGGUCUUCCUCAUCAACUGCAUCUCCUACGCCCUCAAGUACCGCAGCAAGGAACUGCCCCUGGAGGCCCCUGAGGCAAUGCCCCAUGCCCACGACUGGGUGUGGCUGGGCCAGGAUGAGGGCUUAUGCCUGCAGCAGCAGCAGGACGAGCUGGGCUCAACCCUGGAGGAGGGCAGCCAGCUGCUGAAUGGAGGAGCCCUGAAGGGCAGUGCCCAGGGAAGCUGUCCCGGAGGCAGGAACGAGUCACUCAACUCACCCACCACCAAGAGGAAGAGGGUCAAAUUCACCACGUUCUCCAACGUCAAGCCCAAUAACGGAUGCCCAGUUCUGAGCCCACUGGCACUCGGACAGACCAGCGACAUUAAGUGGGUGUGUCCAGACAUCGAGCUGGGGGACUCGCAAGAGCUCCGGAAUUACAUGGAGAGGUUGAACGAGAACGCUACAAAGAACAUUGUA